GUGGUCCGACGGGCAUGACGCUGAAGAGAAACUGGGUCAGCGGCUGCGAUUCGUUUAUGUCACACUGGUGCGGGUCGUUAUCGCAGCUCGCCCGGUGGCUUCCAAUGGAGACACGGACCCCGGCGGACCCGCGAGGUUGAUGGUUCACACCCACUCAGAUCAAACUGGAUCAAACCAGGUCAGACUGAACCGAAACUCACAGAUCUGAACUGAGCGGACCAGACCGAUCCAGACGCCACCAGGCCCGUCCAGGAGGCCUGUCCCAGUUUCCUAUCAAGUUGAGGGCUCACGAGUGGAUGGAAGGAAAUGAUUUUAACACAGAGGCAGUGAUGAACAUCUGUGAUGACCUGAUGGCAGACCAAAGGAUGGACAUCUCGUCAACAAUGACUGACUUCAUGUCCCCCGGCUCCACCGACCUCAUCUCCAGCUCCAUCAGCACGCCUGGCAUGGACUACACGCGCAAGAGGAAGGGCAGCACCACCGACUACCAAAUUGAUGGCUUCUCCUUCGAUGACAUGGACCCAGACAAAGAUAAGCUUGGAGGUGACCAACAGGGCCGGAUUAAGAAUGCAAGAGAGGCUCACAGCCAGAUCGAGAAGCGGCGCAGGGACAAGAUGAACAGCUUCAUCGACGAGCUGGCGUCGCUGGUGCCCACCUGUAACGCCAUGUCCCGCAAGCUGGACAAGCUCACGGUCCUGCGCAUGGCCGUCCAGCACAUGAAGACACUCAGAGGUGCAGCCAACCCGUACACAGAGGCCAACUACAAGCCUUCCUUCCUGUCAGAUGAUGAACUCAAGCACUUGAUACUAAGGGCUGCUGAUGGUUUCUUGUUUGUUGUCGGAUGCGAUCGCGGCAAAAUUCUCUUUGUUUCUGAAUCGGUCUACAAAAUACUCAACUACAGCCAGAACGACCUGAUAGGUCAGAGUCUGUUUGACUACCUUCACCCCAAGGACAUUGCCAAGGUCAAAGAGCAGCUGUCCUCCUCCGACACGGCCCCACGAGAGAGGCUCAUCGACGCUAAAACGGGUCUUCCAGUGAAGACAGACAUCACUCCGGGUCCGUCUCGACUCUGUUCUGGAGCCAGACGGUCAUUUUUCUGCAGGAUGAAGUGCAACAGGCCUUCGGUCAAAGUAGAAGAUAAAGACUUUCCCUCCACCUGCUCGAAGAAAAAAGCCGACCGCAAGAGCUUCUGCACCAUCCACAGCACGGGCUACCUGAAGAGCUGGCCCCCCACCAAGAUGGGCCUGGACGAGGACAACGAGCCCGACAACGAGGGCUGCAACCUGAGCUGCCUGGUGGCCAUCGGCCGCCUGCACCCCCACAUCGUCCCCCAGCCCAGUCUGGCAGACAUCCGGGUGAAGCCCACAGAGUACGUCUCCCGGCACGCCAUCGACGGCAAGUUCGUCUUCGUGGACCAGAGAGCCACAGCCAUCCUCGCCUACCUGCCCCAGGAGCUGCUGGGAACAUCCUUCUAUGAGUAUUUCCACCAGGACGACAUCGGCCACUUGGCUGAGUGCCACAGACAAGUGCUGCAGAUGAGAGAGAAGAUCAACACCAACUGUUACAAAUUCAAGAUCAGAGAUGGCUCCUUCAUCACGCUGAGGAGCCGGUGGUUCAGCUUCAUGAAUCCCUGGACCAAGGAGGUGGAGUACAUCGUCUCCACCAACACCGUUGUGUCGUGUCCGAUGGUGGAAGGAUCAGAAUACCCUCAAUCUGCUGCCUCGCCUCAGAGUAUGGACAGUGCUCUCACCUCCGAGGGUGGCGGGAGGCGGGCGCUGCAGACGGUACCCGGCAUCCCGGGCGGCACGAGAGCCGGAGCAGGAAAGAUCGGGCGCAUGAUUGCGGAGGAAGUGAUGGAGAUUCAGAGGAUCCGAGGCUCCUCCCCCUCCAGCUGUGGCUCGAGCCCUCUAAACAUCACCAGCACCCCCCCACCCGACACCUGCUCCCCUGGAGGAAAGAAGAUUCAGAAUGGAGGGACACCCGAUCUGCCGAGCACGGGGAUCAUUCCUGGACCUGAUUCUGUCGGCUACCCGUACUCCAACCAGUCCAUCAUGAGUGACAACUCCCACCUGAGCAUAGACAUCAUGGACGAGCCCGGCUCCAGCAGCCCCAGUAACGACGAGGCGGCCAUGGCGGUCAUCAUGUCGCUGCUGGAGGCGGACGCCGGCCUGGGCGGCCCCGUGGACUUCAGCGACCUGCCCUGGCCUCUGUGA